AUGGAUCCUGCAUCCCCUUCGUUGCUAUGGCCGCUGCGCCUGAGCAAGCCUGCGGUGACAGUUUCAGUGCCGGCUGCCGGAGAGAACAGCAAAGCGGAGGAGAGAGCGCAGUCGCCAAGCCUUGCCGACCGGCUAUCUGCAGCACCCUCACCCUCGAGCCCAGCCCCAGCUAGCCCUUCACCCCCUCAACACCAGUUCCAAGCGGCUCUGGUAGCUGAAAAAUAUCUUCUCUUGGAACAAGUGGAGGGAUCAUCGUUGUGUCGGUGUGUGGACGUGCGCACGCAAGAAGAAUACGUUUGCAAAGUGGUAUCGAGAGAUUGCAGUAGUCUCCUACAAGCGCACUACCGUCUCGACGGGCACCCACAUGUGAACCCGAUUCACGAAGUACUUGUUGGCGAAAAGAGGGUGUAUCUAAUAUUCCCUAGAUCGCACUCCGACCUCCACUCUUAUGUACGGGCGAGAAAAAGGCUCAGGGAACACGAAGCGCGAAGAUUAUUCAGGCAAAUGGCAGAAACUGUGGCCGCGUGUCAUGAACAAGGCAUCGUGUUACGAGAUCUCAAGUUACGGAAGUUCGUUUUUGCUGAUCCUCAAAGGACGACGCUAAAGCUCGAGUCGUUGGAAGACGCAGUGGUGUUAGACGACCCCGAAGAGGACCUCCUGCAAGAUAAGAGAGGGUGUCCCGCGUACGUGUCGCCGGAAAUAUUAAGAGCUCAUCGGACGUACUCCGGGCGGGCCGCUGAUAUGUGGUCGCUCGGUGUCAUCCUGUACACCAUGCUCGUUGGAAGGUAUCCAUUCAACGAUUCUGAGCACGCGUCCCUGUUCGCAAAGAUCUCUCGUGGCUACUUCGUAGUACCAGAGUGCCUCUCGUCGCGAGGCAAGUGUCUCAUACGGUCGCUGCUGCGGCGCGAGGCGUGCGAGCGGCUGUCGGCGCGCGACGUGCUGCGCCACCCGUGGCUGGCGCGCGACCCGCGCAACGAGCUGCCGCCGCGCGCCGCCGCGUCCCUCGACAGACUCGUGCCCGAUGUGCAGAUCGACGAAGACAUG